UGUUGUUGUUGUUCCAGUCUGGUCUUCUGCUUGAUCUCUCAUGUCACAUGUGUAUUUAAAAACUCAUUUAAAAUAGAAAAAAAUAUCUAUUCGCUUAAGUAUUGUUGCUUGAAUAACUCUUUAAAAUGCGUUUCACGCUUACUUUAUUGAGAAGGUGGAACCGACCACCACCCACUCCCCCCGAAUACCAGAUUGCCGAAACGACGAAAAAGUAUGCUAACCUUCCAGAAAAAUACAUGGAAGAUACAAAAAAAUUGGUUUAUUAUCGUACACCCAGGGGCAUAAACUACAGACCCAAGAAACUAAAUCUUUUUCAAAACUACAUUGGAGUUGCUAGGCCUUGGUCAGCAGAAUCUCCUCAGGAAAUUUCAGAAGCAGAUGGAUUUGUUCCAUACGUUGAACCUCUGCGUGACUGGUUUUUCUUCCGAGGAGACCGAGUUCAAAUUUUAACAGGAAAGGACAAGGGUAAACAAGGAAUCAUUGAUAUGGUGAUUCAAGAGAGAAAUUGGGUUAUAAUUAGAGGCUUAAAUACAGAGAUUGUUCCUCAAAAAGAUGACGACGAUGCUAUCAUUGGCUAUUCUUCAACAGAGAGGCCACUACUUGUCAAUACUCAAGUAUCUCUUGUUGACCCAGGAGAUUUGUUACCGACUGAGGUAGAAUGGUCAUGGACAGAGGAAGGAGAAAAGGUGCGAGUUUCCAAGAGAACAGGCCGUAUCAUACCUAUGAGCAGAAGAAAUGAAGAAACAUUCCAGUACCAAAGCAAAGAGACAUACGCUGAAAAUGCAAAAGAUACGAGAAAAGAGGAUAUGCAGAUAACUUUUGCACCAAAGUUAAUGACAUUUGAAAUGGAAAUUGCUCAAGAAUUAGGAAUUGAAGAUGAUAGAAUCCCAAAGAAGACCUAUUGGUACUGAAGUCAUAUUUCUUCUCAUUGUCUCUUAUUGAUGAUGGUUUGGAACAUGUUGUGUACCGUGUAAAUAAAUUAAAGUACUUUA